UUCGCUGUUUCGCGCGACAACAGUGAUCAUGCGACAUAAGUGCUGCUGCAUAGCUGCGAUAUUCUGGAACCAUUUCGUAAGGCAUUACUUAACGUGUUUGUCGGCUAGGGUACUGGCAUAUAAUGUAUCUUUAUUAUGUCCUGCAUUGUUUGAUAACUACACUAUUUUCUUGCAUAAUAUGAUGCGAUACAUAUGUUUUCAGUUUGCAUAUGGUAGCGCAUAACUGCUAUAUCACUAUUUAUUUUUUUAAUGUAUAUUCACUUUAUUUAUUUAUUUUAUUGAAUAUCCAUUAUUCAUUAUAUUAUUUACAUAUAUAUAGAAUUCAGAACUAUGGGCACGAGCGACCGUUGUCCAGUGCCGAGUGAAAGUGCAGCAAUGAACCGCUAUUUCCACAACAUGGGUCACUCCCUGCUCUCAUACCGCACUCCCGAUCAUUCUGCCGCCGUAUCGCAAGCACAGCUGGACGACGAUACAAAUCCCUUAUUUAUUUCCGCUGUUAGAAUAUUUUUAGAAUAUGUCAGAGAAAAACACGGUGUUACCAGUCCGGAAAAAUGUUCCCUGGAUCAGCUGAUAAUGUUUCUGGGUGAAUUUCAAGAAACGGCUAAAACGAAGAAAGGCGAGCGCUACAGUCCAUCAACGAUUCGUGUUAUACGCUAUUCACUCAAUCGAGUAAUAGCGUUGGGUAAGAGCCAGCAAGAAAUGCGACCCUACCCGGCACAAAACGCUGCUGGCCGGAAAAGAAAGAAAAACGAUGAAAGUCGGUCGACUUUGACAACCGUUUUACCAUCUGCUGGUUCGUGUUCGGAUGAUGUACAUUUUGUUCGACAAUCGCCUCCACGACUAUUUGGUUUGCCGUAUAACACCGCUACCGAAGUAGAAUCCUUUUCGGCCUACGAAAAGUUGUCAAAGCCACAUCCGCUGCAUUCGUUCAGCAAAACAAUACCGGUCGACGAAGUCUACUCGGGAAAAUUUGAGGAUCUGGAAAUAUUUCGACGAUGGCUUUUAAAACAACGCAUUCAGCCAACCUUUGAAAAUUUGACUCCUUUGAAAUUAAGCGACUACUUGACCAUAUUCUUUCGGUCAAAUGCGCAUAGCGGGGCGAUGGAUCCAGAAGUACGCGAACUGCUCGUCAGAUUCCGUGCUGCCAUAUCCGGCUACUUACAAAGAAACGGGAUAGACUUUGAAAACGACAGGGUUUAUGAGCCAGCUCGCGAAGCCUAUCGCGCAUCCAUGAGGUCAACCGGUUCACCCAAAUACGAAGCAGUUAAACGCCAAAAGAAGGCUGAGGCCCUCCAGCAGGUGCCGAAAUCGUUGCACAUCGGUACUGAAUGGCUGGAGAUGCCGACAGAAUUCAUCAAAAGCCUGUACCGCACCGGUACUCUGUCGACCAGCAGUGCCGUGGCUCUGCAGCGCAAAGUCUGGUUCGAGCUGACCAUGUUCUUUCGCAGUAUACCUUGCUGCCCUGAUCAGAUCUUUUGGACGAAAAACACUUUCAAAGUGGCCAUCGGCGAGCACAGUGUGAAGUACAUUGAACUGAAUCCGGAAAUGUACAGCCGCUACGGGAAUGCCAUGGAAAGGCGGGGCCAGGACGGUCGCAUCAUGGUGGAGCGCAAGGGGUCACCUUUAUGUCCGGUCGCGUCAUUUGAAUUGUAUCUGUCCUGCCUGGAUCCGUGCAAUGAGUGUCUCUUUCCUCCGGUCCUUCUCAACACCGCGCCAUCCAACGCGGAUGUCAAACCAACGCCGACGGUGGCGCGCAACAGCAUCUUGUACGGCAAAAGGUCUCUCACCAGCGAAAUCCUGUCGGAGAUGAUGGCAAACAUUGCGACUGCUGGACGCAUACCGUUUCGGUUUAGCAAUCCGAGCGUGGCCGCAACUGACCACUUGGCUUGGCUGAGGGCGGUAACCGCCGUGGAGCUGGAGGUGACGUGUGCGACCGAAAUGCCGUCCGCCAGCCCGGAGGAGGCAGUCAGUCCAUUCGUACGCAAUAGUGUGGCAGGUGAAGUGGGCGUCAGCAGUCCGCGCCAGUCGGUCAUUCAGUCGGCUCGCAAAUUCAGUCAGAUGUCCAGUUGCGUGUCGGAUGCCGCUUUCUCUGCAUCGCCGCGAUCGAAUAGUCCGCUGGCGUCCGAUCGUAGUACGUGCUCGUCGGGCGAACGCGAUAACCGUUCCAACCACAGCACCGAGGAAGUGUGGAACAAGAAAACGAAACUGUUGCGGUAUGUUGAGGAAGCAAAAAAGACCGAGGCGAUCGACGAGGUGUCCGUGCACGAUGGAUAUUCAGAGAGUUCGGCCGAAUGUGUCAGAGAAUUUCUUGGAAAAUGGUGUAGCGAGAGAGACUUCCAACACAUGUUGGAACAUAACCGCAACGAGCUGGAUUCGCUGAUAUACAACAACCUUGUCAAAAAAAUCGGAGAGGGAUGCUUUAACGAUCGCAACGAAGUCGUCGAUUUCCGCUCUAGACUGUCUUCUCUCCUGUCUAAAGCAUCCGGCAACAGGAAUGUCGAUGGCAUGUCCGCGCAAUGUUGGCCGGUGAAAACGUUUGCAUUGCUGCAAACGCUCUUGCAAGACAGAACUCGCGCAGAGGCGGAAGUGAAAAUGAUGGAGAAUCACAAGAAAAGUCCGGUGAUCAUUAAAACGGAGCCAGUAGACAUUUGGAUGAUACCGAGCGACAUCUCCCACAGCAGUAGUUCGGAUAAUAUGAACUCGCCGCAGCACAGUUCACCGACAUAUCGGACGGAAACAAAUUCGGAUAUCAUGGUUAUCGUGCGCCCACAGAUCAGUAUUAUCGAUAAUGUUGGUGCUUUGGCCGACAUCGAGUAUCAAGCGGCUUUUGACCGACGGAUCAAAUCGGAAGUGGAAAAGGCAAUCCAGAACGUCGACUGGAACGCUGCCGUCGACCAUGCGAUUCGCACUGCUAGAUCUCAGCUUUCCAAGCCGGUGUUUGAAAACGGAAAUCGCAACCCUGCACAUCAAUCGGAAUCUCGUGGUAUUACUCUCCCAAAAACAGAAAACUCGAAUUCCCGCAGUCCAGCAGCAAUGGAAUCGGAAGAGUUUAUGGGACAAUUAUCGAAAGAAAUGAUGGAGGAAGUGUAUCAGGAUGUCUGCUGCAAUUCACCAGCGGCAUCCACGAAAACCGAUCGCAAACUAAUUGCACCGUCAAAACUGAUCAGAAGACGUUCAUCUUCUCUGUCCGUCCCACAACAAAAUUCACCUGCAUUAUAAAUUUUAAACAGUUGCACACUUUAUGCACAAGAGAGUUGUAAAAAUAUAUGGAUUUUGAUUUUUUCUUAUAGUUGCUUUGAUUCGCCGCUUUCUUUUGAGUUAUGACCGUAAAGUUAUACGACAUUCCAUCCUUCUAGAUAAUUUAUUUUUUGGUUUAGGUGAUUGCAUUUUUGUUGAAUCAGCUGCAUCAGAUCGCGAUCUGCUGUAAGAGUUCGAGUAUGUACUGCUGUAAAAGCACCGAUAUAUAUUUUUUAAGUCAUUGUUUGCACUUGGAAAUCUUUUUCGGCACCUGGUUUUCGUUCUAACACAGAGAAUUAUAUGGAAUAGUUUCAUA